AUGGAUAUCGCCAAGCGCCUUGUGACGCCUGAACAUCGACCGAUAUCAUGCAUUGAGAUGCAAACGACGGGCGAACCGACACGAAUAGUCUUUGAAGGCUAUCCAGAUCUAUCAGGCACGCUUCUUGAGCAGCGUGCUGAAGCCAAAGCAAAACAUGAUCAUUUACGGAGAAGACUUAUGUUGGAACCUCGUGGCCACUUCGACAUGUAUGGAGCAGUGCUGCGACCAGAGACCGAGCUUACUAAGUCUGGUGAAGCACAUGUUGGAGUUCUCUUUAUGACAAACGACGGAUAUUCUACUAUGUGCGGGCAUGCAACUAUUGCCCUCGGUCGGUUCCUUUUAGAUACUCACGAUCUCAACGUCUUUCCUUGCAGAAAUGAUAUCAAGCAUGAUCCAGAGACAAAAACCGCGAUUGUUAACCUCCACAACCCAUCGGGUCUACUUAAGGUCACGGUUCCAGUCAACAAUGAUGGCUCCGCUUCAGACCCCAGUCGUCCUGUCUCCUUCAUCUCAGUACCAUCAUUUGCCACAGGAAUCGACGUGAAGAUUUCACUUCCACCCGCUAGGCAAUGGCGUGGUCUGGAAGGCCGAAGCAAGGACAUUCGUGUAGACUUCUCCUACGGUGGGGCUUUUUUUUGUAUAGUAUCGUCCAGAGAGCUUGGAUUUUCCGAUGAACUGAAAACUAAGGACCUCGAUCAGCUGGACAAGGCUACUGCCUUGUUGAAAGCGCACAUUAACUCGGAUUUAGCACUCUCGAAAUACUUCCGGCAUCCAGAACACGAUGAUCUGGGCUUCCUUUACUCAGUCAUCGUGGUUGACGAUUCAAGAAAUGUCCCUGGUUCUGAAGUGGGUUUGUGCUUCUUUUCCAACCAGCAGAUUGAUCGCUCUCCUACUGGCGGCGGUGUAGCCGCAAGGGCUGCUCUGGCAUACGCAAAAGGAGAUCGCAAGUUGAACGAAAGCUGGGAAUAUCAUUCUCUGGUCUCAGCGGCUGGAUAUGGGCCAGCUUUCAAAGGUACGGUGGUGGAGGUAUUGGCAGAAAAAUAUCCAGAAAUCCAUGGUCCACUUGUGCGAAUAAAAGGAGAAGGGUACGCAUUUUACACUGGGUUUAGCACGUAUGCAGUCGAGACAAAGGAUCCGUUGGGGGAUGAUGGGUUUGUGUUCAAGGAUUGUCAGCCUGUGACAGGCGGUUGA